AACCACCAAGUGAGUACAGACCACAACCACUUUGAAUCCAAAAGCUAUGGCCAUCUUGUAAAUUUACCAAAAAUAUAGUGUCAAGAGUUGAAACAAAUGGAUUACAUAGUAGUCAGUGGCUCACCUUGCUCUAUAUAUAAAUGUGCAAGUACAAGAUAACUGAACUCAAACCACAACCAGAACCUGCAUCACAUUCUUUCUCUUCCCAAGAAAGAACCUGUAAAUUUGAUUCAGGAUCAGAAGUAGUGUUAGUGUACUGUAAAGUCAUAAGAAUGGCAGGAACUGGUGUAUAUGCUGAUAUUAUUGAAGGUGAUGUGUUUAAGUACUAUUCUGAUGGAGAGUGGAAGAAAUCCUCUUCUGGGAAAUCUGUUUCCAUUGUUAAUCCUACAACCCGAAAGACGCAGUUUAAGGUCCAAGCUUGUACACAAGAGGAGGUCAACAAGGCCAUGGAAACAGCGAAAAAAGUACAAAAACAGUGGGCAAAAACUCCGCUCUGGAAGCGGGCAGAACUCCUUCACAAAGCAGCUGCAAUCCUUAAAGAGCACAAGGCUGCAAUUGCUGAUUGUUUAGUGAAGGAAAUUGCAAAACCAGCCAAGGACUCAGUCACUGAGGUUGUAAGAUCUGGUGAUCUGGUGUCUUAUUGCGCUGAAGAAGGAGUUCGGUUACUAGGAGAAGGAAAGUUCUUGGUGUCUGAUAGUUUUCCUGGAAAUGAAAGGACCAAGUAUUGCCUCACCUCUAAGAUUCCACUUGGGGUUAUUUUGGCCAUACCACCCUUCAACUAUCCUGUCAAUCUCGCUGUCUCGAAAAUUGGCCCUGCACUCAUUGCUGGAAACUCCCUUGUUCUGAAACCCCCAACUCAGGGUGCUGUGGCUUGCCUGCAUAUGGUGCAUUGCUUUCACAUGGCCGGUUUUCCAAAAGGCCUUAUCAGCUGUAUUACUGGAAAAGGAUCAGAAAUCGGAGAUUUCCUAACAAUGCACCCGGGUGUAAACUGUAUAAGCUUCACAGGUGGUGAUACCGGCAUUGCAAUUUCAAAGAAAGCAGGGAUGGUCCCUCUGCAGAUGGAACUCGGUGGGAAAGAUGCAUGCAUUGUGCUUGAGGAUGCUGAUCUAGAUUUAGUAGCAUCCAAUGUUAUUAAAGGAGGUUUUUCUUACAGUGGUCAAAGAUGCACUGCUAUUAAGGUCAUCUUGGUAAUGCAAUCAGUGGCUGACACCCUAGUGGAGAAAGUGAAUGCCAAAGUGGCUAAGCUAACAGUCGGUCCACCUGAAGAUAACUCGGACAUCACUCCCGUUGUCUCAGAAUCAUCCGCCAACUUCAUAGAAGGCUUAGUCAAGGAUGCUAAAGAGAAAGGAGCCACAUUUUGCCAGGAGUACAAGAGAGAAGGUAACCUUAUAUGGCCUCUGUUGCUAGACAACGUUAAGCCUGAUAUGAGGAUCGCAUGGGAGGAGCCAUUUGGACCUGUUUUACCAGUUAUCAGAAUCAACUCUGCUGAAGAAGGAAUCCACCAUUGCAAUGCUAGCAACUUUGGCCUUCAGGGCUGUGUCUUCACCAGAGACAUCAACAAAGCAAUGCUGAUCAGUGAUGCUAUGGAAUCAGGAACAAUUCAAAUUAACUCAGCUCCAGCUCGCGGUCCAGACCAUUUUCCUUUCCAGGGACUGAAAGACAGUGGAAUCGGAUCGCAGGGCAUCACAAACAGCAUCAACAUGAUGACGAAGAUAAAGACCACUGUUAUUAACUUGCCUUCCCCUUCUUAUACCAUGGGCUAAUACUGCACUCAUGCAAUAAUAAUGUGUUACUUUGUUGCAAAUGAGCUGCAAAAAAUUCAACAUCCCAGUUUUAGCACCUUCUCAGAUGUUAUGAGUUGCAGCAGCUUCCAUUUUCUUUUUACACUCUUUUGUAUCAUCUUUGAUGACAUUUGGCUGUAAUAAUGAGUUAUGAGCGUGGUUGGCAAAGAA